CACUCUAUCGUGAAACAAGUUUUAAAAUGUGAAAAGUGUCACAACGUAUAUCACCCAGGUUGUGCAAAACAAAAAAAAUGUGAAAUUCAUCAGCAACAAAGUGAUAAACUGCUGUAUGAGCACUGAAGUCUGUGAUAUGGAACAUUUUUUUGAUACCAUGGAUGACCAAGACUAUGACAAGUUGUUUACAGUCUCCCAGCAGAGCUGUGGAUUGUGUGUUAUGCCCCAAUAAAGGUGGAGCCUUCAAACAAACAGACCGAAGUACAUGGGCGCAUGUUGUAUGUGCUCUGUGGAUUCCUGAAGUUCGAUUUGCUAAUACUGUCUUUUUAGAACCAAUUGAUUCCAUUGAGACGAUCCCAGCAGCCCGUUGGAAACUAACAUGCUAUGUUUGUAAACAAAAGGGUGUAGGGGCCUGCAUUCAAUGCCACAAAAGCAGUUGUUAUUCUGCUUUCCAUGUUACUUGUGCUCAACAAGCUGGAUUAUACAUGAACAUGGAUACAGUUAAAGGAGGAGGAGAUUCUCAGCCUGUUUUAGUCCAAAAAAUUGCCUACUGCGAUACCCACGCUCCUGCAGAUAAUGGGGAUUCAAAGAAAGAUGAUUCUAGAAAAAAAAUGAUUCAGGCUCGUAAGAUGCUAGCAAAAAAACGAACUUCGGCCCCUAUUAUCCUCAUUCCUACCAUUCCUCCUGAACGUAUUCAGGAAAUUGGUUCAUUAGUAACCAUUACAAAAAAAUCUCAAUUCAUCCAACGGCUUAUAGCUUAUUGGACAUUAAAGAGGCAAUUCCGGAAUGGAGUUCCGCUCCUUCGAAGACUACAGAGUGCACAAGGGGGUCUUAAGGAUUCAAAUACCAGUAACGUGGAUACCAUAGAACUUUGUCGCCAGCUCAAAUACUGGCAGUGUCUGAGACAGGAUUUGGAAAGGGCCAGACUGCUUUGUGAGUUGGUGAGAAAAAGGGAGAAAAUUAAAUUAGAAUAUACAAGAGUUUCAGAGAAGUGUCUCAGGAUAAAACUGAAACCCCUAGAAGCUAGUUUGAGAAAUGUUUUGGAUUUAAUACAGGCUAAAGACACCAAUGAAAUAUUCACUGAACCAGUAGACCUUGAAGAGGUACCAGACUACACCACUGUAGUUACGGACCCGAUGGACCUCAGUACAAUGAAAAAGAAACUGGAUGAAGGAAAAUAUCCAGAUUUGAUAACAUUGGAAAAAGAUUUUGACCUUAUGAUAGCGAAUUGUCUAGCCUAUAACAAUAGAGAUACAGUAUUUUACAGAGCUGCUAUUAAAAUGCGAGAUCAAUGUGGUGUCAUCUUCAGACAGGCUAAGAAGGAACUGGAAGCUGCAGGAUUGUUAAACAAUAAUAAGGACUGUCUCAAGAUGAAUUCUGGAUCUGGACAUGUCGAAGAAUCCAUGGCAUCUGAAAUUGACAAAGAAUUGGAAAAUCUACAGGGUAAAUCAGGGUCUGAAGUUUUGGCGAAGCUUGAAGACUUAUUAGUUAAAAGUCAAACGUUAAAGCAUGGGUUGGCAAGAGGUAAAAGGGUGAAAAUAGUGCGAAGUGAAAUCAAUAGGGUGAAAAAAAAAUUAGCAGCUCAGACAGAUACUGAUCUUACAUCACAGUCUGAUGUAGAUGUGCACAUAGAAAAUGAAAAUGCUGACAUAAGAAACAGUUCUGCAACUUUUGGUGAGUAAAAAAUUUUGCAAAAUGUUAAAUGUAUGGCACCU